AUGAAUUUAUUACACGCUUUCUUCCCUUCCCUCAUUCUCUUCAUCUUAUCUCUCAAUAUACCCGGCAUAAUAGGUGUACCCGUAGAGGAUACCAUCAAAGCCGACGUCGUUCACAACCUCGAGGGCCCAUCCAAAACCGAGCCCAUUCAAGCCACCCCAAAGCACCUAGUACCAAGACCCGUCUGGACAUCAUACUAUUCCCGAAGUUUUUCCAUCCGUUGCGAUGAGCCAGGCGUUGCCUUUGACCAAGCCCAAGCUCGCAGUGUAGCCCACGCCGACAGGCUUGUGCCCUGGAAUGGUCCAAUCACAUUCAUAUUAGGAGCGGAUCGCGGUACUGCCCUAGACGUGAUCGCACAAUUCACGAUUUUGUGUCGAGGUUGCAAAUGCAUGUAUCGCCCUGGAGCCGGGCUGGUACUCGAGACUGAGGGGGAUUCCGUAUGUCCGGAUUCUACCAGGGACUUUUGUAUAUUUUUCUUAGAUUGCAAAUGCGAAGUUAACUUGGACGUACCAUCCUCCCCUACACUAACUCCGGUUGAGGUUACGAUUGGAGGUAAGAGAAAGACUAUGUAUCUCCUAGGAGAUCAAAUCGGAUACAUCGGUGAGGAUCUCCCCGCGCCAAAGAGACGCGGUGGACUUUCCGAUGUCCGACCGGGUCAAUUUGAUUCAUACUCGGGGUCCGGACGCAAUGUAGUCGGGAGCAUUGAGCCACCUCGUAGACAGUUGGCUCCAGGAACUAAAGAGCCUUAUUAUUUGGAGGGCCCGGAGAGUGAUGCGGAUUUGGAUCCCCUAUCUGUGUUCCCCUUUGGGCAAAGAAACUUGGAUGAUUCCGAUGGCUUUGGUAUUUUUUAA